GUUUUACUGUCUUUCUUUGGUAAAGGAAUCUGUGAUUCAAGUAAGUAAAAAUAUCUGGUCGUGAUGAAUUGAGAACUUCUAACGAUAGCGAGGACACCAAAAUGAUAUUUGUUAGCUUCACACUAGAGCUUCAAGUAUAAUAAGUGUACAAGUGUACUUGGAUACUUGAAUCCUACUUUGAGUGUGAAGGGGUAAAAUGUACCUACUUCAACUUUACUUGGCGACAAUGGAAACGUUCGCAGUUCAAAGAAGCCGAAGGUCGCCCUUAAGUAUGGACUACACCAGACUUAAGAACACACUUGACCAAUAAGAAAUGGAAGGUUAGCCAUGUGCACAAUUUGCACAUACAGCGGUUCCAAGAUUUUAAUGAACAGAGAGAUUGGUUGUCUUUACACUAGGCUGUUAAGUAAGACUUCAGAGCUGCUAAGUUUUACUUGGCCAAAAAUGUGUGUGUGAAGGCCUAAGAAAAAUCUCAAAAGUAACUUUACUUUGCAUCUCAUUAAAGUCGGAAAGUUGAAACGAUUCAAGAAAGUUUCAAGUGACUUGAAAGCCAUCCUUAAAACCGACCUUUAGCGAACUUGCGGUUUCUAAGAUUUGAGAAAGGCGAAGCAUGUCAAUCAAUCUUUAUUAUGUUGCGUGGGAAAAUAGGCUUAAAUAAACCUGAAGUAAAAAAGAUAGGUUGGGUGUUGAGCUUUCUUUUUCUUGAAGAAUUUAAAAUUUACUUGUCUUGAAAUAUUUCUUAGCUUAUUUAGGCUCUAGGGUAAAGACUACCAUUGACGGCUCAGUUUUACUUCAAGUUUUACUUUGUCAACAAGUGUGAAGCCACGUAUUCUACAGAGCGCCUUAACAUUUCCAAGUUCACUUGAAUCAAGCGCUCACUUGAAACUAACUUGUCGUCUAGUGUGAACAACAAUUAACAUAAAUCUUAAUCUUCUUUUCUUCUUGUGGCUAUGCAUGCCUUGAUGUCACGAAGCGCAGGCGUGCAUGACGUGAACUAGCAGAAGCUAAUGUAUAAGCAAAAAAAAACUGGUUUAAUUUUUUACUUCCAUGUAAGGAAAUCCAAGACUGUCUAGAUUCGUCGCCAUGGAUUCCGGAUUCCAGGUAGUGGAUUCCGAAUUUGUCAGAGGAAUUUGGAUUCCAGAUUUCAAUCAUUGUUGGUUGUCUUUACAUUAGGCUGUUAACUAAGACUUAAGAGCCGCUAAGUUUUACUUAACCGAAAAUUCGUGUGUGAAGACCUAAGUAAAAUCUCAAGUAACUUUGAUCAACUUUUCUUUAUUGCAUCUCAUUAAAGUCGGAAAGUUGAAACGAUUCAAGAAAGUUUCAAGCGACUUGAAAACCAUCCUUAUGACCGACUUAGCUGACUUGCGGUUACUUGCGCCUUGAGAAAGGCGAAACAUGUCAAUGGUAGUCUUUACACUAGAGCCUAAAUAAGCUAAGAAAUACUUCAAGACAAGUAAAUUUUAAUUACUUCAAGUAAAAUAAAGCUUCACACACAACCGAUUCUUUUUUACUUCAGGUUAACUAAAAAAGGGUGCGUUCGAUUGGGAAAUCCGGAUUUAGAUUUUCAAAAUUUAAAUCCGGAUUUCCCAAUCGAACGCGAAAUCCGAAAACGGAUUUCACCUCCGAGAAAUCCGUCCUCAGGGUGGAUUUCAAUUAAGAAAUCCAAAUCCGGAUUUCAUGGAUUUCCUUUUUACCGUUCGAUUGGGAAAUCCGAAAAAGGAUUUGCAAAACUAUUCUCGUGAACAGUGGUCUUCCUGUUGCUAAGUAUGCGUGCGGGUACAAGACCGCUGUUCUUAAGGACAGUUUUUCAAAUCAUUUUUCGGAUUUCCCAAUCGAACGGUAAAAAUGAAAAUCCAAAAACAGAUAUCUCAGCGUUGAAAUACUUUUUCGGAUUUCGCGUUCGAUUGCAAAUCCGAAAUCCGGAUUUUAAAAUCUAAAUCCAGAUUUCCCAAUCGAACGCACCCUAAGGUCAUUUUACCAUGCAACAUAAUUAAGAUUGAUUCACAUGUUUUGCCUUUCUCAGUGCUCAAGAAACCGCAAGUCAGCUAAGUCGGUCAUAAGGAUGGUUUUCAAGUCGCUUGAAACUUUCUUGAAUCGUCUCAACUUUCCGACUUUAAUGAGAUGCAAAGUAAAGUUACUUGAGAUUUUACUUAGGUCUUCACACACUAAUUUUUGGCUAAGUAAAACUUAGCAGCUCUUAAGUCUUACUGAAUAGCCUAGUGUAGAGACAACCAAUGUAACUUAAUUAUGUUGCGUGGGAAGAUAGCCUUCAGUUAACCUGAAGUAAAAAAGAUUCGGUUGUGUGUGAAGCUUUAUUUUACUUAAAAUAAUUAAAAUUUACUUGUCUUGAAAUAUUUCUUAGUUUAUUUAGGCUCUAGUGUAAAGACUGCCAUUAGCGAGAUUUCGGAUUCCUUGAGCUGUAUUCAUUCCACAGGCAAAUUCUGACUAAAUAGUUCCAAAGCUCAGUGGCGGGUACUACUCCCUGGAACAACUUCUUUUCGAAGACUCAUGCAAAAGUAUUAUCGGAGAUAAAAUUCUCGGCCUAAUUGGAAUUUGCACUUUUUGCUGUGGCGUGGCAAGUAGAAAGUGAUAGCGUCGUUUUUAUUAAUGUUGGUUCUUUAUUUCAGUUUGCCCAAAUGGAACUGUAAACAUGACGGGGUCUACCACUGGGACACUUGUGUAUCCAAGCUCUGGCAACUAUGGAAUAAACGAGACAAAAUGUUGGAGGAUUGAAGUUCCCAAGCCUUACAUAGACAUUGGAAUAUAUUUUCACAGGUACAGUUGCCUGCUUUCUGUCGAGGUUUCCUCUUUCUUGACUUAAACACCAUAUUAUCUGAGCCGCUGAGAAUAUUGCGUAGCACUGAAGCGUUCCCAUCGAGUAGUGCGCAAUUGAUAUUCAAUCACUUAUUAACAGCGUAUCGGUGAUAUAUUCAACGAUUAAUGAUUGGUCCCGAAGGAAAACAAAAUGAACUGUUUACCUCGUGACCAGUCUUUAAGUGAUUUGGUAUAUAGCCCACGAAGAAAACCUUUUCCGUGUGCGAGCGGUCAACCCUCGCGGGUAACAGUGCACUGUUACCCUCUGACGUCAUAGAUUUUGCAAUGUUGCCCGCUCAGAAAUUUUGGCGGGAAACAGUUUCAUUGUUAGAUGUCAUGUGACCUCGAAGUAACCAAUUGAGUGCGCGCGGUUGGGAAAAAAAUUCCAGCCAUACAAAAAAAAACCAGAAUAAUUUAAUUUCCUUCGUUUAACCAAGGUGAAAUCUAGCAUCUAAAUAUUACUUUAUUGCCCCCGCAGGGAUUUCGCCUAGAAGGCGAAAUCCCGAGGAGGCACACUAGUAACUCGCGCUUAUAUUAAGGAAAGUACCUAAGUUGAAAUAUACAGUCAGUAUGACAGAAAAAAUCUCGAUUUGCUUGAACAGGGGCCGCGAGGAAUCGGUAGGUAAUGAUGACGUUUCUAUUGUUUGCGCCCGCAAGUACGAAGGGUUAGGAUGACGUAAAGACAGAAAAUCCCGAAGGGACUGCUUAGGUAGAUUUUGUGACAUUUAUUGUGCAGUCAUACUUCGAUACUCUUUUGCGUUACGUGUUAUCAGUGACAUUCUGUGGAGCAGUUGUUUUGAAAGCUAUGGACCAAAAGACACGCGUUAAGCGCAGAUGAAGUUAUAAGGUGCGUAUAACUGUAUAUAUAUUAUAAAAACUUGGAGAGUUUGCCAGACACGAGUUCAUAAAUUUUUGAUUGGAAACCUUGCCAGACACUCUUUCUCUCUCUUUGACCGGAAUAAGACUCAGCCCCAAACAAGCAAGACGAGUCAGUAACGAGUGAACGACGGCUAGCUUAUCACUAGCAGAACGAUGGACGACUACAGAAAUUCGCCGACAAUCAAAUUCUGUGCUGAACAGUAUUCCCUGCUCACAGAUGUCCUUCCGCUAUAAAGUUAAAAUAAGACUAGAGUGCGCGAACGUGAAUUGAUCAAACGUCCUUUUAAUUUCUAAGGAUUACUUUCCGCAAAAUAAAAUGAACUGAAUGUAAAAAGUGAAAGAGAAAUAGCGAAAAAUUCAACUUCUAAUUAAAUCUUUUCUUAUGGUUUAGAAUAAACUGUUCUCGAAACUGAGAAUGUUUUGAUCAAAGCUGUGUAAAUCUAACUGAAACUGUGCAUGGAACUUUGCGUUUCCUGUAUUUAUCUCACCUAUUGUUUGAAAUAUGUGUGAAAAUCUUCAUUAUGAAUCGGUAUAUUUCAAAGAGCUAAACAACGAGCAAGAAUACUAUUGACCGACAAUAUACAGAGCGGGGGCAGCUGUAGUGUCAACCGUGAUUACUAGUCGUUACUCCUUUUUAUUAUUACGCUGAAACGCCGGGCUGUUUUUUGUGUGUUUUCAAAUACGGGUGCGCAAAAACUGAACCGAGGUUUUCUUCCAUUUCCUCUGUCCUUCUCUCCUAUUUUUUUCACCUCAGUUCAGCUUUUGCGAGGCUGUACCCCGGGGCUGUACCUAUCCACUCUACGAAGCACAAACGAUUUAAGUCACCAAGAAAAAGAGAGGUUACCGACUUUUGUGCUUCACGAAAACAACUGAUGAUUAAAAAAUACAGCAGUGAAAUAGGUUUGAUAUCAACGCCUUGAUAAAUUUUUUAUGAAAGUUAUCUGGUAUAAGAAAAAGUGCGAUUCGUUUUAAGUCUUUUAAACGAAACGAUUACCAGAACUAUUCGAGAUACACGCUAUGUUUGGAUACCUGUUUAAGAAAACACUCAAAAGACGCAGGUCACGAAUUCAAAAGUAAAGGUUAUGAUCUUAUCAUUUUUCCGUGACGAAAUUCCUGUUUAAAAAUAAGUAUGCAGGGUAUUAAAGAAGUAAACACUUCUUCGAGUUAAAAAAUAAAUAAAACACACCUUGCUCGUUGUACGUCUCUGAUAAAAAAAAUGACAAGUGUGUUUCUGCUACCUACGCUAUGCGCUGUCAAGUCAUCUGAUUUUGCACGUACAAAUGAGUCCAUCUUUAAUUGCUUGGUCUUUGAUUUCAAGGUUCCUCUGACCCAAUGUAAUGGAAUCGGGAAUCUGGCACAAGGUUCGUUCGUGGAAUCCGGAAUCCUAGGCUUUGGAGUCCAGAAUACAUCUCAAGGAAUCCGUACACCCACUAACGAUUAGAAUCCGAAAUCCAGCAAGUUCCACUGACAAAGACCGGAACCAAUGCCUGGAAUCCGGAAUCCAGAUCAUCCAAGACUGUCUUAUAUUCCCUUACCUCGGGCGGUUUAAUAACUCUCCAGGAUUUCCUUAACACUUCUCUGGCUGGAAAUUUCCUUCCUAUAGUUUCCCAGGCCUUACUGAAUAUGUGACUGGGUGGUAAUUUCAUUUAUCCAGUUAAAAUUUAGAAAUUCCCUAGCGCCUGCUACGCAAGCUAUUUAGGAGCUCAUUCUGUCUUGGUAAGGAAUGGAACUUUUUUUCUUUUAGCUUUGAUAUAGAAGAAUGCAAAAACUGUGAGUGUGACAAAUUGACCUACGGUAGCUCUUACGGCUUUCUUGAGUUUUUGAACCUAAAAUGUGGAAGAAGAACCUCCAGGUUCCAGGAAACUAGAAACAUGCAAAAAGGAGACGCAGAUCCCGAAGAUGCUGAGGAUGGACGAGAUAUUUGGUUCCGUUUUGCUUCUGAUGACACAGUUUUUUACAAAGGAUUCAACUUGUCCUAUAUCGUCAAAUCCAGCAAGCGUAAGUUAAUUCCCUUUCUAUUCCUUUUUCUAGUAAUUAACAAUUUGGAAAAUUUCAAGUUGUAAAAUAUAAUUUUAAAAACUGCUUAAAUGGUUUCUUUCAUUUAAUAAAGUUUAACCACCGACCCGACUGAGGAAGCUCGAAGUACAUACAAAAAUUACCCAUGAUGUCUACCCUUAUUAAUUUUGGUGCGAAAUAACAGCGUUAAUUUAUAGUUUCAAAAAACAUUUUCGGCGACAAAAGUGGGUUAGAGAAUGCGGCUUGGUAGUGUAGAGCUAGAAAAAAAGUGCCCAAGAUUUUACGCGUUACGUAAAUCACUCUGAAGCUUUAAAGCCCUUUAGAGCAGUAUUGCAUCUUUCCCACAACAAUGACAAUUUUAUACUUUACUACCCCUCCCUUGAGGGAAAUCCUUAUUGACUCCCAGACUAUGGAAGCCACGUGACCAACUGCAACCGAGGUCCCUUCUCGAAUAAGAAAGGGAUAAGACCCUAAGAUCAAGGUUGUCUGAUAAACAUUGCAUGUCGCAUUUGUUGUAUCACUGAAAACACUUUUUUUAACUGCAUGUGGUGUUAAGGUAACUAUCCAAUAAACGGUCGUUUGUAGUCUUCUUCUCCUCCUGGUUCCGAUUUAGUUGUCAGUUUAAAAAUGAUUUCUUUAAGGGGUCAAAGUAAAGAUUGAACCACGCAUAGAUUGGUCUCAUUUGGUGUUUAGGGGUUUAAUUUCAACCCUCUGAAGGGGAACCGGACCGCAAUGAAUCCCAUUGAAAGAUUCUCCCCUAAACUGAAAUCAAGUAUCAAGCCUCAAUCGACAGAGUGGAUACAAACUAACAUCGAUCUACUUGGACAUGAAAUUUAUCACGGGUCAUCAAAGUCUUUCAAGGUCACUUGACCCGUAUUCAGACCAUGCUUUGCUUUGCUUCCUGGGACCGGAGGCCUCUAUAAUUUCACAGAAUAAUUUGCUAAUCAUUUCCAACCUCUAGGUAUAAUUUGAUUGACGUUAUGUCGUAAUGUGACGUCGUUAUGACGACAUAAUUUCUUGAAUUUAAUGGCAGUGCCCAAAUUCCAUCCAUUUUCCCCUAAAAGUUGCUAUAAAGCGAAAACUACUUAAAAACUGAAUUAAGGUGUCUAAUAAAAUCAUGAAGCUAGCUGACAGCAGUAAGGUCAAGAUAACGUGAUUAAAAAUAUUAAGAAGGAACUGGAAGCAAAUUCCAUCUUUAAUCAGUCAUUUAAAUUAACCAAUAGAGCAGAGAAUUGUGACGUCACAAAUAUUCAAAUUUGACAAAUUAUGGGAUAGGUUUGCAUAUCCAGAAAGACCAAUACGAAAUAUGUUUACUUGCCAAAAAUAAGCCUGUUACUGCAAAUCGGCGGGAACAAAUAAGAACCGUUUUACCCCGAUGACCCCAUACAAAUCUUUCUAAAUUGACCUGGUUCGCAACGUUACGAUCCAGGCCUAUUUUAGAAGGAUUUUUGUGACGUCAUCACUUCUCUUAUCUAUUCUGCAUGCAUUCCAUUUGCUUCAGGCCGCAUAAAUCGGAAUAAUCCAGGUUGUUUAAUUUGAAAAGUGUCUAAAAAUAAUUAAGAAAAUAGGGAUAAAAAUCGCUGAGCUUGCACCGGUGCAAAUCAAGGAAGCCAAGGCACAACUAAAUGUCAUAAAGACUCGUGCUUGAAUUUUCCUACCAUUGUAGACGGCAAUUUAGUUGCGAAUCCAGGGUGGCCUGGAUCUGUGCCAAAUUUUUAGAGGCCCACAGGGCUGACAAAGUUAUUUAAGAGAAUAUGGACAAGUCUUACUUGCCAACCCUCCCCCCUCCCCGGCAGUUGCUUAAAGGUCUGAAGAAGUCAUCGCUUUGUCACUGGGAUAUAUUGUUAUGGUUCUUUUACUUUUUUUUAGCUUCGUCUAGGUAUAGAAGCGUCCUAAAUGCAACGGAAGAUGAAACCUUUGAGAUUGGCACCCCAAAAGUUGAUGAAUCGAAAAACUACCCUGAGAAUUUCGAAUGGGAAUGGUACUUAAUUGUUCCUGAAGGACGCCAGGUACAACUUACCUUUGACAUAUUCGAACUGGAACAAAGUACAGACUGUGGAAAUGACUACCUGGAGGUGAGAGAAGCCAUCUCUGCUGAGCCUGCCUCUCCUGUCGUAACUUUUGAUGGAAGGUAUGGUCCAAUUCUGUCCAAACCCGUAUGUGGUACCAACAAGCCUAGUACGAUUCAGAGCCCGGGUAACAUGGUCUGGGUACAUUUCAAGAGUGAUUUCAACGCUACUACUACUUACAGAGGAUUCAAAGCCUCCUUUAAAGCAGGUAUGUAUGAACAUUAGUUUGUCAUUAGUCAUGUACGCACUCGGUCGUAUAAAGUGUUUCCGUUCCGUGUACCUCGCAUUAUGCGUACCUGUUGAGUUUCCAAAUUGCGGAUUGCGAACUCGAACGAUUAUUCGGCGACAUGUCGGCGACCGAAACCAUGCUAAAUAUACUUUGUCGUAAAGAAAAACAGGCCAGAAAAACAAAGGAAAAAAAGGAAAAACACGUUUUUAGAGAGCCAUUCUUGUGUUUUGACUCACCUUACGCUGUGUGCUCCUCGCCAAAAUACAGCUUGUCUCAUAAAAGAUCAUACGUUAAACAUCACUUAACCUUGCAAUAUUAAUAAGACAUAUUUAACAAUUAUUCCUCGAGCCUUCGGCCUCAUGGGCUAUUGACUCAGAGGCCAUGAGGGCGAGAGGAAUAAUUGUUUUAGUAAAAUCCAACUAGUUGGUCAAAAAUAUCGAGACAAAACAGCUAAAAGCAAGACUUUAAUCCUUUUUUUGCCGCCAAAAAUCCGGCGCUUUUCGCUACUAGUGGGCUAUAACAUAUAGCCUAGUAGUAGCUCAACCAAUCAGAACGCAGCAUUGAUGAUAGACCACUAGAUGGAUUUUACUAAAUAUAUAUAUGUUAUUCACCGACUGGGAGGUCCGUAUUGGGAGAAACUGUGCCCGAGGUCUUGAGUACCGCCCGAGGGCGUAGGCUGAGGGCGGUACUCAGACCGCUGGCACAGUUUCUCACAAUACAGACCGACCCAGGCCGGUGAAUAACAUUUUUAUUUUUUCUAACCGCGAUUUAAAAGUGUCAGGAAAAUUUUCCUUCACUCUCCAACCUAUGUGUGUCGAAGUAGGAAGCGUUCGUGUUGAUGAAGCGCGCGAUCGAGUGCAAACCAAAAAACAUUACAACAUGAUUUUUAGCUGGGUCGGUAAUUUAUGUUAUGGCAUGAAAGGUUUUUGUGUCUUGCUAUGCAAUUCAUAAUCUGAGUGUCAAACAAGGAUAAAAGAAUUGACGAGCUUGAUAUCAAAAGCGCCAGGAAAAAAAUACAGCAAGUGUUUUCGUUGGCUGAAUAAUUCAAAAAUUGCUUCAGAUUUAUUAGUUGGGUCUUAGUUCAAUGGAGUGGGAUGAAAACUGCACAAUGGCUUUGUAAAAAGAGCUAAUUACACAUACCAAUUUUAAAGUUUUGAAUUGAAUUCGAAUAAAAGAAGGCGAUGUGAGUACUCGGCAAGUUAUGAACAAAGAAAUGAAAUAGGCGAUAACCAGACCGACUGCUGGAAAAGUGAUUCGUGUUACAACCUUUUCUGAUAAGUAGAAACUAGCUAGCCAAAAUUCAAUGAAAAACGGCAGAAUCUAGAUUCAUACAGCAAAAAUGGAAAACAAAACUACAAACCGAGCAAAAAUGUCCUUUAAACGGUGCAUAAAAGUGGCAAGAUUGCAGUACUUACAGCGCGGUUAUAAAGCUAGUGAAACGACAUCGGUCACAAGCCACCUGUUUUACUUUACUUUAGCGAUUUUCCUGGCUGACUUGCUUGAUUCUCCCUUCAGAUUUUUUUCCGAAUAAUAAAAUUAACUUUUCCCUAGCUAAUGCUAAUAAUAGCGCAAGUUUUAAGAGUAAAUGGUUUGAAAAUGACGGUUUUUGCUCAUUCACAAACAACAAACAAAGUUGUGAAUGAAGCGGCCAAAGAAUCCGCCCGGGAUAGCGGGAAAGAUCGUAAAAUACCAGGGCGGAUAAAUGUUCUGCUCUCGGAAUCAAUCAGAUUGCAGGAUUUGGAGGAUUCCGCCCGCUCGCAAGCUUGGAAAAAAAUAAAUGUAUUGUAUUGUAACUUCUAAAUACUAUGUUAUUAAACGGUGCGUCAUGUAGGCAAAAAAAUAUGGAUCCUUUGCGUAUGGGUUGCCUCGUUAAACUUGCCUUCUUAAGUCUUUGGAUUACGAUUUCUUUCACAGUCAAGCUAAGUCUCUCUAAAAUGGACACUUUUAGGACCAGCACCCCAUGCGGUAUCUUUUGGGCCCCUUAGAGAAAUGCACGCCUUGAAGAGCGAAGUAAAUCUAAAUUCUAGGUGAUUUUAGCUCGCGACUGUGUCCGUUUAGAGAAAGUUCAUUGUACUAUUCAUGUCUGAUAUGAAAGAGAUUAUUUUCACGGAUAAUAUUAUAUUCUUUAAUUUUAAUUUCUUUUAAUUUUUUCAUUAUGUUAAUCAUUCUUUCUUGUCUUAACCCAAUAUGAAUUUUUCGUCUGUUCAAUUUUUGUAGGCCAGGGACGACUUUCCAUCUUGCAUCCGAUGGCCCUUUUGUUCUUCUCGGCUCUACUAAUGGCUACGUCAAAGGACAGUCUGUUCUGAACAGAUCCAGCCAGACUCUUUGGUCAUUAUAAAUUCACACGAAAUAACGCUUUCACUUUAUACGUAGGAACUUAAAUACUUUUGAGUGAAUUUAUCUAAAACGUUAAAAACUAUCGCAGUGCUUAUCUGACUGCGGUUCUUGUUCACGUACCUUGUUAAAUCUCGUUCCAAGAAAAAUAUAUUUUAGCAAAUGAGUAAUGAGCAGAUAAAAACAACUUAUUAACAAUUCUUAUGGAUAGAAUUGGAAUGAUUUUCGUGUUGUUAUAAUGAACAGUAAACCCCAAGUAGAUGGAAAACUUGUUCACGUAGUAUACAAAUUCACGUUUGACGUUUGCCUUAUAAACGCUAAGUUGAGAAUUUCUCAAAAUAGAAAAUGAGAAGAUAAAAACAGCUCAAAACAGAUUCUCAUGGAUAAAAAAUUGCGUGAAGCUACUAAUUUAGGUGUAGAAGUGAUGAACUGUAAACGAGAAGUAAAGAAGAAACUUGGUCACGUGGUACAAAUUCGCGUUUGUCGUUUGAAGUAAAUGUGAAUCUUAAUCUCUCUAAUAUGUAGUGCUCGCACGUGAGCCAGCGUCAUUUUGGCGGGAAAACGCGAUAGCCGCCGUCAUUGUAUUACAAGUUUUCGCGAAAAUGUCGAAGUGGCAGAAACAAAUUAUCAAAUGUCAGAAGUUUUAUCAUUUUACGAUCGGGAGAGCCUCCAGUAAAGAUAAGCGCAGUGCUAACUUUUCUUGUUAAAGGUCAAGUGACGUAAUUUGUAUAAACCAUUACAUGGAAUUGCAUAAUCCCAUCUUUUAGACCAAAGUGGUUCAAUCAGUCAGGCAAUAAGAAAAUACAGACAGGUUGCUCAUUCCCUUGCUGCCUAACUGAGAAGUAAGUGUUAAUGUUCGCUUAGGGGAGGGGUAAGUGGGCAGUUUCCCAGGAACGUAUAAUGAUGUGAUCAUACUUAUCUAUUCAGUUGUGUUAGGCCACGUUAAGGAGAAAAGUUGCCCCUUGAUAAAGGGUCACCCUCCCCUCCCAGCCGAGUCAACUUAAGCGAGCAUUUAUAGUUGACCCAUUUGCCCGAGCCAAGAGCUUACAACAGCGCUCGCGCAUGCUCUGAUGAUCUCGCUUUCACCGAGCUGGCUCGGCUAGGAGGGUGACCUUACCAUCAGAAAAGGGUCACCCGGUUAGGUGAGCCAACAUUUCGGCCAAGCCAACGUUUUUUUUUUCUCACGUAAACAGUUCUUCAAGUUUUGUAAGGAACUGUAGGAAAUUUUCAUGGCCAUGGCUCUACCAGGGUAGCUCGGGUAGGCGACAAGUUUUCUCCAUAUGAACGGAGCCUGAGUAAAGUGUUUUUGCAUGUAAUCAGAGCUAUUCCGUAAUUUUUAGGAUAACUAAUACUGCACGUGUGAGCUAAAUAUAAUCUACAAUUAAUUAUAAGUUUGUAAAAAAAAUGGUUAAUCAUCGAGUGUCUUAUGUAAAGGACAUUGCUGGAUAUGGGCAGCCAUAUUUACCUAAAGUCAGUUAAGCUACACGACGAAGGUCGAGCCGUUUGCGGGACAAAGGAACUGUUCUUUCUCUGCCAUUUCAAGACCCUGAGUGUUGGUUCGGCUACACUAGACCUUCCGCCCUGCACAUCACCGCUCUACUGACUGUCAAUUAACCGUGUCAGAGUAAUAUAGCUGAUUUUAAUAAGACCCAGAAUCCACCAUAAACAACUGUAUCAGUUCAGAAAAGCCCUGUCUCAAGGAGUUUCUUGUGAUUACUCGAUAAUAAAAGUUGCUCCGUGAACUGCACUCAGUUUAUGUAGGCCAUAUCACUGACAUAUACCUACUAGCUUGUCAUUCUUAUGCAGGGCUUAACAAUAAACCUCAAUGCUUCAGCCAUAAACUGCGUCUAAUAUUCAAAAUAUAUAAUCGAUAUUAAGGGGCCUCUUAAAGGACCUUUUAUUAAAGUUUCCUAAAGAUCAAAUUCCCUAACCUUUCAUAUAAUGAAGAAAGAAAGGGAACCCUUCCUUUUCAAACACCUGAAUUUGACAGAGAUUCCCGUUUUGGACGGAAACACCCCGUACAGGCCACUUUAGGGGAGAGGGUACCCCCUUCUCCCCACCCCGUAUCAAACAUACUCAAAGUUGUAUUAAAAUAUUUUGAGGGCUAUAGAUUCAGUGAGAAGCUACGCGACUGAGACAGCGAGACGAGAUGGUUUAUGGAUAAAGUAACAAACAUUCUUGACCAUUUUGUCGCGGAAAUGUUGUUUCCAUUAUUAAGUGUGAGUUUUACAUAACCAGGCUUAAUCCUUUUCGUUCAGUUGACGAAAGCAAAUAAAUAACACUAUGCCAAAAAAUAUAGCUCAGAAUAGAGAAGGACACAAACUACUGCGGGAGCUGAAGUUUUAGAGAGUGAUAGAUGUGUAUCAAGAUGCCGCAAGCAGAAAUAGGGAGAAGACAAAACAGAAACCGCGGCAUGAUUGCCAUAAGGGCUGAUUUCCAACAUACAUGAAGAGAAGAGCGUAGGGGACCGCAACGGCGGACGAGGAUGGGAGUAACUCAUCCAAAAGGAUUUCAAAACUGUUUUGAUGUUGUAUCUGUCAACGAAAUGAGUAUCAGUUUGGGAACUGAGUUUCCCCGGCAGCAAAAUAAGAGAAAGCUAGAAACAACUUGGGUGUUGAAAUGCUCUAUUGCACUUCUACCCUUCCUUCCUGGACUAAGGCGGUGGCUACUUGUCAUGAGAAUUUAGAUUACUUAUAGUUUUUUACGUCUAAAGGGAGGUACUCAACCGAGACAAAAACCUAUAAGAUUAGCCGACUUGGUGACGCUUCCUCCAAAAAGCCGUUAAAGAUCUAAAUUCCACUGGGCCUGUUACAGAAGAAUGUUGUAAUUCUCUUCGUUUUAUUACAAUCCAGUUAUUAUCAUUAUCAGUAUUAUCAUUAUUAUUAUUAUUAUUAUUAUUAUUAUUAGUUCUUAUAGAACGGAACGUUUCUAUGACAACUAACCUUUGCUUGCAUCCUUCAGCGUUUUUACGUUAAAAGCGUUGGAACCUUACAAAGACGCCUCGGUUAAUUUCCAUUCAGGGAAAGUGAAAAGUUCUUCUAUAACCUAUGCAUCAUUUACGAGUUUGAAGCCCCCUCUUUUUCCUUUCCAUUUCUUUUAGUUUUGAAGCGGUAACCUUCAUUACGUAACAUGGCAGAUGGCCCUGUUACAGCUGUGGACUUUGAUUUCAGUAUACGUAAAUCUUGGAUUAAAAGUGACAUAGUAACAACAUGAAAAGUAAAAAAAGUAGCCUAUUGUAAAGGGAUAGUUCUUGCUAGGUGGUACCAACUUGAAAUUUUUUUACCAAUAUUAUUAUUACUGGUCAAAUCGAACGAUGCGCUGAAAUGUCGUUCAAGGAGACGCGAUCCAUAACUGCAAUUUAUCUUUCACAGUUGUUUUGGUCAUACACAUAUCGUUUGAAGACAGUAGUUUAUGAUGCUUAAAAAAGGCCCCGAUGAUUUGAUCGAAAUGCAGAUAACUCGACUUCCAGCUAUUUCAGCGUACUUGGCAGGUUUAAAGGGCUCCUGGCAACUGACGUUUUCCAACGAGGAUGGUGAUUUUUACAUAGCUUUAAAACAACUCACACCGCACACCAAAGCUCCAAGUGGGGCAAACUGAUCUAAUUUAACAACUUCUUUAAAUGACAAACGCAGUAGUCUAACAUCCAUGAUCACGUGCAAUAUAAUAGGGCCAUUUAUACGAGGAAAAAAAAGACGCGUCUUAAAUAAGACGCGAACUGUACCAUUUAUACGAGCAUGUCUUAUCUAAUAAGACGCGUCUUAGCUAAGCCGCGUCUUAUUUUAGACGAAAUGUGCCGUUUAUACGGAAAGUUCGCGUCUUAUUUAAGACGCGUCUUAUGUAAGACGCGUCUUGUUUUUCCUCGUAUAAAUGGCCCUAAUGUUAGCUAAUUCAAGUGAUAAGCAGUAGAAGACUGUAAUAAAAAAUUGUAAUUGUUUUUAUGACAAGGAUGAAACUUUCCUAGCAUCCAUUGGUCAAGGCGUCCUAUAAAUGUUUCAACAACAAUUAAAGUCUUUUUAUAGCCUUCGACAAUUUCAUUUUUGCCGUCAGUAGCAAGAAAGAACAGUAAUUGUGAUCUGUGAUAGCUAGCUCAGAGGACUCUUAGACCUCAGAUGGCACUAAACCACUUCACUAUAAUUCUGCUUGCUUUCACUGGUAAGUGAUAAAGUUAAUUCAUCGCGCCAUCCGCGGCUUUUAAAUGAAUCAUUUAAGAUCCUUAGAUAGUGGUUGGUGUUUCAAUUGCCUCGACUCAUUCAGGGGCAUAGGNACGCGUCUUAGCUAAGCCGCGUCUUAUUUUAGACGAAAUGUGCCGUUUAUACGGAAAGUUCGCGUCUUAUUUAAGACGCGUCUUAUGUAAGACGCGUCUUGUUUUUCCUCGUAUAAAUGGCCCUAAUGUUAGCUAAUUCAAGUGAUAAGCAGUAGAAGACUGUAAUAAAAAAUUGUAAUUGUUUUUAUGACAAGGAUGAAACUUUCCUAGCAUCCAUUGGUCAAGGCGUCCUAUAAAUGUUUCAACAACAAUUAAAGUCUUUUUAUAGCCUUCGACAAUUUCAUUUUUGCCGUCAGUAGCAAGAAAGAACAGUAAUUGUGAUCUGUGAUAGCUAGCUCAGAGGACUCUUAGACCUCAGAUGGCACUAAACCACUUCACUAUAAUUCUGCUUGCUUUCACUGGUAAGUGAUAAAGUUAAUUCAUCGCGCCAUCCGCGGCUUUUAAAUGAAUCAUUUAAGAUCCUUAGAUAGUGGUUGGUGUUUCAAUUGCCUCGACUCAUUCAGGGGCAUAGGCUAAAUCAAGUUCAAUCCAAAACAACGUUUUUUUUUGUUUUGUUUUUUUUGUUUUGUUUUGUUUUUUUUUCUGUUUCGGGCCUUUGAUUAUCAAUUUUUUGUCAUUUUGGGUUCAGAGUCAUGAAUUAAUGACUACGGAGAGAAUGAAUCUAUCGAAACAAACUUUCUUUUCGGCUCACAUAAGAUUAUAAUUACAGCACAGAACAAUGCACCUUCCAGUCACACUGGUUUUAAAUCUGCAUCACUCUAGCAGCCAGACAGCAGUAUAUAUUUCGCUUUACAUUUCUCUCAAAUCAGAGCAAACUGAAAAUGUUGAUGAAUUGCAUAUAUUCAGAACUGCGGAAUGAAUAAUUAAGUGCAAAGAAGACCAUUAUAGUUUUAAAAAUAUGCAACUGACCUACGCAGUAUACAUACAUACGUCAUGAGCUUUAUUUUAUCUCGAAUUUUAGUGAGGCUGAAAGGCUAAUAUCUUCGAGAAACAUAAAUAGUAUAGAAAUAAAAAAUAAGGGAAAAUCUAUUUACAUGAAAAAAUAUAUAUUUACAUUAAAUAUAUACACUCGUUUUCAUAAAGGUUGACAUUUCAGAAAUAUAUAUUUCUUUUGUUUUAUUCCACGAAACAAAAGAAAAAACAAAAGAUAUAUAUAUUUCCUAUACGUCAACCUUUUUGAAAACGAGUGUAUGAUAUACAUAUAUGUACAUUGAAAAACCUAGUAUUUACAUUUGAUUACGCUACGUGAAAAAUGUUAAAUAUUAUACAUUAUGGUUCAAAGGAGAUUAUUACAUUCAAAAGUUUUCUAAAACUAGUUAAAGUAGGCUUGGAUUUUACAUUAUUGGGUAAGGAGUUCCAGGUCUUAGUUGCAAAGUAACAAAAAGAGUUGAGGCCAAAACUAAUGGUAACAGGUUUACAUAGUGAUAAAAUAUUUGUUCUUCUAGACGGACGCAAAGCAAGCAUGUCGUUAAGAUAUUUAGAAAAACUGUCAUAGUUCAAACAUAUUAACAUAUUUUGUACCCUUAAGUUGUACAGAGUUGUUCCUUCAGUUUUAUGUAGUAGCUGCCCGGGUAAGACGAAACUUUUUCAUUAAAAGUUAUACAAAGGCAGUUAACGACUUUUUUUCUCUUUGAGAGCGAUAUUAUAAUGCUUGUUUGGAGUUUUUUUAAUGCAAGAAAGGCCGGCAUGCCUCCCGAAACUCCAUUGAUGGGCUUUCUGACUUGUAUGACUCUUGUAUAACUGAUAAUUGCAGUCAGUUCUGUAUCGUGUAAACUUUUUCCAAAGCCUAUACUAUUUCUAUAACAUAUUGCUUUGCGCCAUUCUUCUGUCAUGUAAGGGACCUGAUUGCCACGCACAUGGAUUCGAAAUUGCAGCUUUAGCGGCGUGAUCAUCAAGCACCGUUAUGAAUAGUGUCUCAAACACAAACAGCUAAUCUACGUCGUCAAAGAUAUCUGAACAUUAAAAGGAACAGUAUGCAAAUCAGCCGAAAAUAAAUAUGACGACCAAAAGGUUUCAGGCUACAGAGUUUUUUGACCUCAUUUUAGGUGCCGUUUUUCUUAAAAACGCAUACACCACGGCAAGUGAAUGUUCGCUUAGUUGAACAUGAACAACUCCAGAAUUCAGAAGCCUGUUGUUAUUCUUUAUGACUAGGUCAAGUAAAGUUAUAGAUAUUUUUGUAAUCUAGUCGGAGAGCUGAUCAGGUUGUGUAGAAGGAGAGAGAGAUUGCAACCCCGACCUCUGCGAUACCGCGAUGCAGCAUUCGAUCAGUUUAACUAGCUAGCGGUAAGUUAACUGCAUGGGUGCUGGUCAUAAAAUUGGUACGUAGAUGAAGAUAAAAUAAUGAGUAUAUGAAUUUUAUAUAUUUGAACUGCGGGAUAAAAAACGUAAAUGGCAAGGUUGAAUUUUUAAACUGUGAUGAUCUUCUCUGCACUUAAAACUGUAUUUAGUCCGACCAGACAGAAUAGUAUGUGUUUCGCUUAACAAUUCUCUGAAAUUGGAACUUAGCACAUUCUUUAGCACUUAGUUUGCAACAAAAUGUUCAGUACAGAAUAAAAAGGCCUUGCCAGAAGCGCUGAACAUUAACAUUCAAUUUACUAUUACUGUUUUUGAUAAGCUGAUAAUUGCAGUAGGUUCUAAUUUUAGUUUACGAUGAUCAGUUCAUUUUGAAUGCUUCUAACAGUAUGAUUGAUUUUUUUUCUUUUACACAGUUUUGGCGCUUACCUUUGAAAAAGGGACCGCUGACUCCAGUAAGUUUUGUCACAGUCCACCAGACUGUUUACAGUCUUUUUUGUUUUAUUCUUAUUAUAAGUAGUCGAGCUAGCUUUAGCAGAACAAGACUCUAAAAAUGCAACCGCUUUUUUUUCCGUGUGUCCGUGCCAAAUGGUCGCCACGGUCCCUUAGAGGCGUUCCUAGUGGAGACAGUUGAAACUAGGGAUAACUAACUCGGCGUGACGAAAGCCGUGCAUGGAAAAGCUUAAUUACUAAGGGAAUUUUAGAUUUGUUUUUCGGAACGGGUCGGUCAACGAAUUCUAUCGCUUAAAAGCGUUGAUUGCUUUGGAACAUAAGUGAAUACUUCAGUGGUCGAAAAAGAGAAAAAAUUUAAAUGAGCAAAACUUUGAUGGUGAGGCUAUGUAAACUUUCAUUGUGUGCAAAUAAGUCUUUUGAUGAGUAUGCGGUUUAUUUUCGACCAUGAUUUAAAUGACGCGCCAUGUUGAUCACGUUUCGCCGAAAACGGUUUUAUUCAGAGUAAAUGCUCUGAGGAUUACUCAACUGUCGAUAAAAAGGGCAUGCAAAAAACUUAUAGCAACUGGGAAAAUCCUGUUUCGUGUAGGAAGCCACGUUGCUGCAAAAGCGAAUAGUUCGAAAGCAAGUGAAUUAAAUUCCCGUGAAUAAAGGAAUCGAUGUUUAAUGGCAGAUUCACUUUGUUGUAUGUAUUUAAUUGAAUGUGUUUUUGUUUUCUAUACUAACGUCUUCCUUGGUGUUUCCUUGGUGUCACAAAUUCGCAAGGUCUCGCCUCUUUGCCUCGUAUUGCCUUUGAUUGUGGAAGUAUAAUUACCUAGACAUCAUUGGAAAUUUUUACUUUAGAUUUAAAACUAUUGCAUUUUUUUCGUAUAAGUGUUUAGUAACUUAGUAUUCUUCUGUUGUCGACGGUUAACAAAAGGAGAAGAAGAAGAAGGUUGUCCACGGUGUGGCGUUUCUAUUGUAUGUACCAAAUGAAAUCGAUCUAUGUAACCUGGCUAGGUAACUUUUUUUUCUCCUUCCCCACAUGGCCCCUAUGACUUCCACGCCCGCGCCGGACACAGGCUCUUUAAGAAUCAAUUGACUCGUCAUGUCUUACCUUAUCUCCAAGCAAGAUGGAGUCAACGCUUUUGAGAGUCUUAAUUUCUUAUCUAAUCUCCAAGCAAGCGAGGCUUACAAUUGUAAGAGAGUUCUUGUCUUUCGUUAAGAUGGCAAGAACUCCUGUUUGCCAACAAACACACAUGCGUGACUAAAACGAAGAAAAAACAGAAAGCAAAUAAAACAACACGCAAAAGAAGUGAAUAGAGGAUAACAGAGACAGCUGAAAAUGGUGAAAUUGACAAUGUAACAGUUUGAAGGCAAAAUGCACCGUUUUCUUCGACUUUGCUCAAACGAAAGCCCGUUACUGUUUCCUGAAAACAAAGAGAGACUUUUUCCUAACCAAACUGACAAGCAGAAGGAAAUUGUAUCAUGUCACCGGUUUUGACAUGAUUUGAGACUGACUGGCUACCUAGGGAUCGCCGGAACAAUCGCAAUCGCCUACCUGGGUUUUUUCACCCCGAGAGGACGGGCCGGUCUAGAUGUUUAUACUGUAUCAGGCGCGGUCGCACUAGACGUCUUCUCCAAGGCUCCCUACGGGGAAAUAGCUUGGGUUGGGUUCGCUUUGAGGUUUGAUCAGCCUAGUCCCCAGGUGUUUUCGGCUCGGUCAUUCCUAGACUCUACCAUGAGCUGUGACAUCAUCGAGAAAGACUCGCCGAGAACGCCGUUCUCCCGCCCGCUCUCUCCAAGACUUCGCGAGGACAACGGAUCAAGAGAGAAAAUCUAGGGACUAGGCUGAGGUUUGAUCACUUAUAAUUCAUGUUUGCGGUCACUUAGCGAAAAAUUCCACAAGGGAAAGAAAAAGUUGAACCCGCUUUCGCAGGGAACGUUGUCGUAAACACUGAAUACUGACAUAAUCAUAGAUGCCAAGCGCUGGAGAUCUAAAAUCGGGAGACUCUCUCUUUUUUUUACUACCCCCCCCCCCUCGAAUUUCAACGCCCCUUCUCCCCCCCCCCUCCCCCCGCUGAACAAAUUGACCCAACCCCAAUGGGAAUUGGUUAGCACAUUAUAUGAAGUCUUACAUGAAGUACUUUCUUCAGCUAUUAGCCCAUGGGUACAAUUGCUGGGAACUCGCGGCCAAACUUUCGUCGUUCUGUUAACGCUUAAAAGUAGCUAUUAUUUCACAGGCAGUACGCGCCUGGUUGUCAUAGAAAAUAAGUAUCUCUUUUUUUUUGUUUCGCUAUAGCUUGCCCUAAUGGCAUUACAAACAUAACAGGCACCACAAGUGGGCAUUUCGUGUAUCCAGAGUCUGGUAAUUAUGGAGCAAACGAGACAAAAUGUUGGAGGAUUGAGGUUCCUAAGCCUUACUUCGGCUACGGAAUGACAUAUCACACGUAAGAUAAACUUAACUUUCGAUUCUAGCUGCGAAUCAUAGAAACAUGAUAAAAAUCCGAAAGUAAUCCUCUUUUUAUAUGCCCUUCAGAAAAAAGCCUCUGAAUUCCAAUAGCAAUAACAAUACCAUAUUUAUUAAAAUAGACGGUCAAGAGAUGUGUGCCACGAUGUUGCGUUUUAAGUUACAGGUGUGUAUCAUCAGAUGGUCAAAUCAAAAGCUGAAGGUUGUCACGAAUUUCCCAGGGAGUUACAAUUCCCCCUGCCAAUUGACGAGUUAUAUCAUUCUCGUCCACAGAACCUCCUGGAGGCCUAAGUAUGAGAACCAGGAGGCUCUGGGGAAAGGAACUCCACGGACACAGGAUUUGAAGUCCUAGAUUUCAGGACUUCCGGUCAUUUCUGAUUUUUUACAACGUUUCUAGUAGCGGGCACUUGCUCUUGCCCAAGUGUCAAUGACUGUAAAUGUAGGUUAUUCAAAGCUUUUAAAAGAGAAUCCUUUAACUUACUUUUGAUUCGGAAAUGACCGGAAGUCCUAAAAUCUAGGACUUUCAAAUCUUGUGUCCCUAGAGCCUCCUGGUCCUCGUGCUCAGGCCCCCAGUAGGCUCUGGGGACGAGAAUGGAGUUGUAUUUGAAGACAGAAAUUUAUCAGCCUACCACAAAUUUCCCUCCCAUCAUACACAUAAGAUUCCCGUAUUUAAUCAAGUGCUUUAUACAAGUACAGGGACCGCUAAGCAUAUUCUGGAUUGGUGGGCUAGCUUACGCGUACCGCGAGUUCAACGAGAGCCAAGGGCACGAGUUAUCUAGCGGGUGUCUGGGGACAUGAAAUUUAUAGAGCUUUUGAAAUCACUGGAAACGCGUUUAUUUCUACCAAUCCUAAGAAAAUUUUGUCCAAUUCUCAUCACCAUUCUGUUAGUUUUCUGCACAAAAACGUACAUUUAAAACAUAAUAAAUAUCAAGGCCAGUUCUCAAAUAACACCACACAGCGUCAGUUCUUGUCUUGUGCCUAUUUAGACUAUUUAAGACUACAACAUUGUUGAAUCUCUGCUGGGUCAUCUUUGCUCGCAGUUAGGUUUUGACUCAAUGAUUGAUUUUUUUUCUUUUACACAGUUUUGGCGCUUACCUUUGAAAAAGGGACCGCUGACUCCAGUAAGUUUUGUCACAGUCCACCAGACUGUUUACAGUCUUUUUUGUUUUAUUCUUAUUAUAAGUAGUCGAGCUAGCUUUAGCAGAACAAGACUCUAAAAAUGCAACCGCUUUUUUUUCCGUGUGUCCGUGCCAAAUGGUCGCCACGGUCCCUUAGAGGCGUUCCUAGUGGAGACAGUUGAAACUAGGGAUAACUAACUCGGCGUGACGAAAGCCGUGCAUGGAAAAGCUUAAUUACUAAGGGAAUUUUAGAUUUGUUUUUCGGAACGGGUCGGUCAACGAAUUCUAUCGCUUAAAAGCGUUGAUUGCUUUGGAACAUAAGUGAAUACUUCAGUGGUCGAAAAAGAGAAAAAAUUUAAAUGAGCAAAACUUUGAUGGUGAGGCUAUGUAAACUUUCAUUGUGUGCAAAUAAGUCUUUUGAUGAGUAUGCGGUUUAUUUUCGACCAUGAUUUAAAUGACGCGCCAUGUUGAUCACGUUUCGCCGAAAACGGUUUUAUUCAGAGUAAAUGCUCUGAGGAUUACUCAACUGUCGAUAAAAAGGGCAUGCAAAAAACUUAUAGCAACUGGGAAAAUCCUGUUUCGUGUAGGAAGCCACGUUGCUGCAAAAGCGAAUAGUUCGAAAGCAAGUGAAUUAAAUUCCCGUGAAUAAAGGAAUCGAUGUUUAAUGGCAGAUUCACUUUGUUGUAUGUAUUUAAUUGAAUGUGUUUUUGUUUUCUAUACUAACGUCUUCCUUGGUGUUUCCUUGGUGUCACAAAUUCGCAAGGUCUCGCCUCUUUGCCUCGUAUUGCCUUUGAUUGUGGAAGUAUAAUUACCUAGACAUCAUUGGAAAUUUUUACUUUAGAUUUAAAACUAUUGCAUUUUUUUCGUAUAAGUGUUUAGUAACUUAGUAUUCUUCUGUUGUCGACGGUUAACAAAAGGAGAAGAAGAAGAAGGUUGUCCACGGUGUGGCGUUUCUAUUGUAUGUACCAAAUGAAAUCGAUCUAUGUAACCUGGCUAGGUAACUUUUUUUUCUCCUUCCCCACAUGGCCCCUAUGACUUCCACGCCCGCGCCGGACACAGGCUCUUUAAGAAUCAAUUGACUCGUCAUGUCUUACCUUAUCUCCAAGCAAGAUGGAGUCAACGCUUUUGAGAGUCUUAAUUUCUUAUCUAAUCUCCAAGCAAGCGAGGCUUACAAUUGUAAGAGAGUUCUUGUCUUUCGUUAAGAUGGCAAGAACUCCUGUUUGCCAACAAACACACAUGCGUGACUAAAACGAAGAAAAAACAGAAAGCAAAUAAAACAACACGCAAAAGAAGUGAAUAGAGGAUAACAGAGACAGCUGAAAAUGGUGAAAUUGACAAUGUAACAGUUUGAAGGCAAAAUGCACCGUUUUCUUCGACUUUGCUCAAACGAAAGCCCGUUACUGUUUCCUGAAAACAAAGAGAGACUUUUUCCUAACCAAACUGACAAGCAGAAGGAAAUUGUAUCAUGUCACCGGUUUUGACAUGAUUUGAGACUGACUGGCUACCUAGGGAUCGCCGGAACAAUCGCAAUCGCCUACCUGGGUUUUUUCACCCCGAGAGGACGGGCCGGUCUAGAUGUUUAUACUGUAUCAGGCGCGGUCGCACUAGACGUCUUCUCCAAGGCUCCCUACGGGGAAAUAGCUUGGGUUGGGUUCGCUUUGAGGUUUGAUCAGCCUAGUCCCCAGGUGUUUUCGGCUCGGUCAUUCCUAGACUCUACCAUGAGCUGUGACAUCAUCGAGAAAGACUCGCCGAGAACGCCGUUCUCCCGCCCGCUCUCUCCAAGACUUCGCGAGGACAACGGAUCAAGAGAGAAAAUCUAGGGACUAGGCUGAGGUUUGAUCACUUAUAAUUCAUGUUUGCGGUCACUUAGCGAAAAAUUCCACAAGGGAAAGAAAAAGUUGAACCCGCUUUCGCAGGGAACGUUGUCGUAAACACUGAAUACUGACAUAAUCAUAGAUGCCAAGCGCUGGAGAUCUAAAAUCGGGAGACUCUCUCUUUUUUUUACUACCCCCACCCCCUCGAAUUUCAACGCCCCUUCUCCCCCCCCCCUCCCCCCGCUGAACAAAUUGACCCAACCCCAAUGGGAAUUGGUUAGCACAUUAUAUGAAGUCUUACAUGAAGUACUUUCUUCAGCUAUUAGCCCAUGGGUACAAUUGCUGGGAACUCGCGGCCAAACUUUCGUCGUUCUGUUAACGCUUAAAAGUAGCUAUUAUUUCACAGGCAGUACGCGCCUGGUUGUCAUAGAAAAUAAGUAUCUCUUUUUUUUUGUUUCGCUAUAGCUUGCCCUAAUGGCAUUACAAACAUAACAGGCACCACAAGUGGGCAUUUCGUGUAUCCAGAGUCUGGUAAUUAUGGAGCAAACGAGACAAAAUGUUGGAGGAUUGAGGUUCCUAAGCCUUACUUCGGCUACGGAAUGACAUAUCACACGUAAGAUAAACUUAACUUUCGAUUCUAGCUGCGAAUCAUAGAAACAUGAUAAAAAUCCGAAAGUAAUCCUCUUUUUAUAUGCCCUUCAGAAAAAAGCCUCUGAAUUCCAAUAGCAAUAACAAUACCAUAUUUAUUAAAAUAGACGGUCAAGAGAUGUGUGCCACGAUGUUGCGUUUUAAGUUACAGGUGUGUAUCAUCAGAUGGUCAAAUCAAAAGCUGAAGGUUGUCACGAAUUUCCCAGGGAGUUACAAUUCCCCCUGCCAAUUGACGAGUUAUAUCAUUCUCGUCCACAGAACCUCCUGGAGGCCUAAGUAUGAGAACCAGGAGGCUCUGGGGAAAGGAACUCCACGGACACAGGAUUUGAAGUCCUAGAUUUCAGGACUUCCGGUCAUUUCUGAUUUUUUACAACGUUUCUAGUAGCGGGCACUUGCUCUUGCCCAAGUGUCAAUGACUGUAAAUGUAGGUUAUUCAAAGCUUUUAAAAGAGAAUCCUUUAACUUACUUUUGAUUCGGAAAUGACCGGAAGUCCUAAAAUCUAGGACUUUCAAAUCUUGUGUCCCUAGAGCCUCCUGGUCCUCGUGCUCAGGCCCCCAGUAGGCUCUGGGGACGAGAAUGGAGUUGUAUUUGAAGACAGAAAUUUAUCAGCCUACCACAAAUUUCCCUCCCAUCAUACACAUAAGAUUCCCGUAUUUAAUCAAGUGCUUUAUACAAGUACAGGGACCGCUAAGCAUAUUCUGGAUUGGUGGGCUAGCUUACGCGUACCGCGAGUUCAACGAGAGCCAAGGGCACGAGUUAUCUAGCGGGUGUCUGGGGACAUGAAAUUUAUAGAGCUUUUGAAAUCACUGGAAACGCGUUUAUUUCUACCAAUCCUAAGAAAAUUUUGUCCAAUUCUCAUCACCAUUCUGUUAGUUUUCUGCACAAAAACGUACAUUUAAAACAUAAUAAAUAUCAAGGCCAGUUCUCAAAUAACACCACACAGCGUCAGUUCUUGUCUUGUGCCUAUUUAGACUAUUUAAGACUACAACAUUGUUGAAUCUCUGCUGGGUCAUCUUUGCUCGCAGUUAGGUUUUGACUCUGCGCGCCAUUGUAAAUAAUCUUUCAUUCGUAGCUGCGGUGGCUUGAUCAGGAAGUGGAGGAGUAAACAAGCGAAAUUAACAGUGGGGCUAUAGCCAAGCCUGCCCCUAUGUUCCGCUGUCCCUGAAGUAGCCAUAGUCGGGCUAGUUUCAUGUUAUCUUACUUUUCAAUUUUAGCUUUGAAUUUGAAGAGUGCAGAAAUUGUGAAUGUGAUUUUGCAAUAGUUGGAGAAAGCUACGACGACCUUAUUAGUCAGCAAAAUCAGUGUGGAAGAUUCAGUCGUUCCAGUUUAGAACAUAGCAACAAGUUACGAGGGAAAGGACCCACUCGGAGCGUAGAUUAUUCAGAUAAUAUCUUUAUACGCGUGGUAACUGAUGAUACUGUUCACUACAAAGGAAUCAACAUCUCCUACAUCGUCAAGUCUAAUUCGACGUGUAAGUAAUAACUAAAUUACCACUGACAAUUGCUCCACUAACUUAACCAACUGAAUAAGCUGGAAACCAAAAUGUUUUUCAAAAAUUGAUAGAAAACAUGUCACUGAUUCGUGAUUUCUUGAGACUCAAAACGGAGAAUUUCUGGAAGAAUUUCAUAAAAUCUAACGUCUGGCUAACCGCUAAAACCAGGCGUCAGAUUGAAGCGGUACGGUUAGACAAGUUACCGAGUCGCCAAGUAAAUUCUAGGGGACUAGGACGAGAAAGAGAUUUUAAGCAGGAACGAUAGCGCGUAAGGCGAAAGUAGUCACCCUAAAAACAGGACUUGACACUGACUAGACCUGAGAAGGAAAUGUGCAACAGACGAAGUUACAUAUCUAUAGAACUACCAACAAGAACAAGAUAACAAAGUUGUUUUCGGUAGUUGAACUCCCUGCUAAAUUUACCCUCGCAGAUUUACCUCGCGAUUGGUGUGCAUGUCACGCCCGACUCAGAUUCCUGGUGUUCGCCCGUCCAGCCGUACUUCCUGCUGACCGUUUUGUGGUGUGAUGGCUUGAAUUCGAUGGCAUUCAACUAUCUUUAAUUAAAACCACCUCCCGAGGAAUCCCGUAAAUUGAUGAAUUGUUAUAAAUGUUCUGUUAAUUGCUAACAGACUCAAUCACUGCACGCAACCCAACCAAUGGUAGGUUCCUCGUGAUGAGCAUGGUGCAAUCACCAAAGUUAUUAAUUAAGAACCCGUCAACACAAAUCCGGAUAGUUCUAAACAAAUUUUUUUGCUUCUUUACAUGAAUCAGCCUUCCGUCUACAUGAAACCAGUGAACCUGCUUAGCAAAACCUGAUCUUUUUGAAACCUCUCUCCAGAGGGGUUUAACGCACUGUUCACACGAAUCCUGAUUUUAAAAAAAUGUGGCUUCAAAAAUGCCCGGAUUCGUGUGAACGGGGCCUAACUAUAAAACACUAAACAAUACCCAUAACUUCAUAUUUUUGCCCUGAAUUCGCGCAGACAAGGCGAAAGCCCACUCUGGAGAGCGGUUUCGAAAAGACGCGGUUUCGAUGAGCGGAUUUUGGCACUGGUGUCAUGUGGACGAAAGACCGCCCUGCAAAAAUAUCCGGAUUAAUUCGUGUGAACAUGGCCUCAAUUUCAGGAUUACAGUCUUUAUCUAUCGCUUCUCUUGUAGUUGGUGCUCAGAGCGUCUUGAAUGCAUCUGAAGAUGAGACCAUUGAGUUUAGCACCCCAAAAUUUGGCAUCAAAAACUACCCUGCAGGUUUCGCUUGGAGUUGGUUUUUAAUCGUUCCUCCAGAACACCAGGUUCAAAUCACUUUCGACUCAACAUUCGUACUGGAGCAAACUACAAACUGCGAGAAUGACUACCUGGAAGUACGAGAAGCCUACGCAAAUGAACCACUCACCGACCCCGCCGAUCUUAGAGGAGAAUAUGGGGCAAUUCUGUCCAAACCUGUAUGUGGCACUAAUAACCCAGGUACAAUACAGAGCGUGGGUAACAUGGUCUGGGUACAUUUCAAGAGUGACAGUAACACCACUACUACUUACAGAGGAUUCAAAGCCUCCUUUAAAGCAGGUUAG